AUGUGGAGAAAGAGCGUGUGUGAGGGCUGUAAUGAGCUCAUCCGGGACAGGUACCUGCUCCGAGUGCAGGACGGACUGUGGCACGAGCGCUGCCUGCACUGCGCGUCAUGUCGCGAGCCUCUAAAAGACACCUGCUUCCUCCGCAAUAAGACACUCUACUGCAAGCGAGACUACCAGAAGUUGUUUUUGGUACGGUGCAAGGGCUGCGCAGAGGUCAUCUCUCCGGCCGAGCUGGUGAUGCACGCAGGCACUGCGGUUUUCCACCUGCAGUGUUUCUGCUGCUGUGUGUGCAGCUGCAGGCUGCAGAAGGGAGACUGCUGUGUGCUCACAGGGGACAGUCUUUUCUGUGCCAGAGACUAUCACAAACAAAUGGCCAGCCUGACCACCUCCGACUCAGGUAAAAGUGAAGAUCGUGAGGAGGAGGACGAUGAUGAAGACAACAUUAAGACCGCAGGGGAGUCUAACACAAUAGGAGACGUGGAACACAAGAGACCUAAAAGGCCUCGUACCAUCCUCACAACACUGCAGAGACGUGCUUUCAAAGCUUCUUUUGAGGUCUCAUCCAAACCAUGUCGAAAGGUAAGGGAGACGCUGGCAGCAGAGACAGGACUGAGCGUACGAGUCGUUCAGGUCUGGUUCCAGAACCAAAGAGCCAAGAUGAAAAAACUGGCAAGAAGACAUCAGCAGCAGAAGCAAAGUGUGUCCCCUCAGGAGAAAAGGGAUAGCCAAUCACAACACACUGCUCCCUCUUGUGGAGGUCUGCCUGCUGAGCUGGAGUGUGCAGGUUCAUAUUCACUUACCCAGCAGAAUAUAGACUCACAAAGUUUCAAGCUGGACCCAUUCAGACAGGGCCUCACGCCUCCUCAGAUGCCAGGAGACCACAUGCAUCCCUACGGUUGUGACACACUCUAUGACGAUACAGACAGUGACCCUCUUUGUCAUUUUGGAGACUGUAUGUUGUCCAGUGAACCUUCCCUUUUAACACCCAUUGACCGAUUGUAUUCAAUGCAAGAUUCAUAUUUCGCCUCUUGAGCAUCAUUCAGACAGCUCAGAAAAGACAUAUGAGGAGUGAGUGCGUGUAUGUAUGCUUGUGUGUGUAUUCUGCUUAUGCAUGUUUUUAGGGUAGAAAUGGUGGUGAUUGUUGACAAUG